AUGCAGGUGGCAGUAGGUGCUAUGCGUUCGCCUACCAUGAAACCAAGAAGUUCUGCAUUGUCUACAGAUGCGUGUCCUGUUGUAAAGAAGGUUGCCAUACGCAAGUGGAUAAAGCCGUUGCAGCAGAGGCCGAGACGUGGUUUAUUAAUGAUUAAUGAAAUGUACAUGCCGUCUACAGUUCGCCUACCUAAACUGAGAGCGUAUCAAAAUGCCAAGGAGAUCCAAGUUACUGCUAGAUCAAAAGCAGCUAUACCCUUAGUUGCUGAUCACAGAAAGCCGUUGCAGCAGAGGCCGAGACGUGGUUUAUUAAUGAUUAAUGAAACGUACAUGCCGUCUACAGUUCGCCUACCUAAACUGAGAGGGUAUCAAAAUGCCAAGGAGAUCCAAGUUACUGCUAGAUCAAAAGCAGCUAUACCCUUAGUUGCUGAUCAC